CUUGUACGCUGAAAUGGUUUCACAAGGAGUUAGAGAAAGUGCGUCGACGUUCUCGUCGGUUUUGGGUGUUUAUAAUGACGCAGGGUUUUGUAGAGAAGGAAUGCAAGUUCAUUGCAGGGUUGUCUCACUUGGGUUCGGCUUGAAUUUGUAUGUAGGGAGUUCACUUGUUGAUCUUUAUUUCCAUAUGGGACUAGACAAUGCAGCUUUGAAGCUGUUUGAUGAGUUGCUGGACUGAAACUUAGCUGUUUGGAAUGUGUUGUUACGUGGGUUUUGUGUGUUGUGUCGGGUGGAUGAGUUAUGUGGUGUGUUUUCCAGGAUGGAAUUGGAUGGUGUGGAUCCAAAUGUGCUUACUUUUUGUUAUUUGAUCUGCGGACGUUGUAGUGGGAGGCUUUUGGAAGCAGGAAAGCAUCUACAUUGCUGCAUUGUUAAGGACGGAUGGGUGGAAUCGAAUACAUUCGUUGCCAAUGCUCUGGUGGAUUUAUACUCUGCUUGUGGGAGCUUGAUUGAUGCAACAGAAGCAUUUGAAGCUAUUCCGAAGAAGGUCUACACCAAAAAUGGUUUACCACUUGAUGCGCUCGAGUUAUUUGCUGAGAUGCAGUUUUGGGAGAAGAGGCCAUCGAUCGUAACUUUGUUUGUAUGGUUUUUGAAUUUAGCUAGUAGGACUGAGAAUUUUGAACUUGGAAGGCAGAUGCACUCUUAUGUUGUGAAGUUGGGUUUUGGUCACGGUGGGAAUGUUUAUGUUCAGUCUGCUCUAAUAGACAUGUACGGGAAAUGCGGUGACAUUGAAAGUUCAGUGUCUAUUUAUGAAAUUGUUCAUGAGCAAACGCUGGAGUGUUGUAAUUCUUUGAUGACCUCUUUGUUGCAUUGUGGUGUUAUUGUGGACGUGGUGGAAAUGUUUGUUUUGAUGGUUGAUGAGGGAAUUGGCCUUGAUGAAGUUACUCUAUCCACGACCCUGAAAACCUUAUCUAUUUCUGAUUUGGCAAGUUUGGGAAGCUGCAAAUUGGUAACACUGUUGUGCAAUAAAAUCAAGUUUUGAAUCUGAUAUUGCGGUUUUGUGUUCACUAAUCGAUGCAUAUGCAAGAUGUGGCCAUGUCAAGCUUUCUCGGAAAGUUUUCGAACAACUUCCUUUACCAAAUAUCAUUUGUUUUACAUUGAAAAUCCAUGGAUAUGCCCGGAAUGGAAGGGGAAGCGAAGGUCUUGAUUUGCUUCAAGAAAUGAUCACAAGGGGUCUCACACCUGAUAAAGGGACAAUCUUAGGUGUGUUAAGUGGGUGCGACCAUUCAGGACUGGUCAAAGAAGCAAGAUUUGUGUUUGAUUCAAUGAAAAAACUAUAUGAUAUUUCUCCGGACAGAAAGCAUUUUUCGUGUAUGGUUGAUCUCUUAGGCCGGGCGGGUUUGCUAGAGGAAGCUGAAGAGUUGCUGCAGCAGGCACCGGUUAAUGGGGACUGUGAUGUGGAGCUCGUUAUUGCUAAGUUGUAAGGUACACAAUAACGAAACAGUCGGAGGACGAACUGUAAAAACUUUAUUAUUGGAGUUUGAUGUCGAAGAUCCAGAGUUUUGAAUGCAAGCUUCAAAAUUUUAUUCUGAAAUUGGAGAGUGUGACACUGCAAUGCAAAUCAGGGAAAUUGCAAUUGCAAGAAAAGUGAAAUGGGAGAUGGGUCACAGUUUGGUUCGAGGUAAACAGUCACCAUCACUGCUAACAUUUUGAAAUGAUGAAACCACCUGAUCGGAUUCUUCUUUGACCCCACUGUUACACUGUAUGGAGAAAAUCUUAGGUAGGGGUUCCGUUAACCACCUCUCACAGAAACACGGGAUCCCUUGUAUUUUAAUCCCACUUGACUCCACUCGGUCCCACGCGAUCCUACUUUGUAUGAGAGUUGUCCUAAUCAAGCAGUCUCACCGGAAUUCUCUCCACCGCAUGAUGCUUUCAGCUAAAUUUUCACCUAGCUGGCCCCUGCUUACGAGGAAACGUGGUGUCUGACAACAGUUGCAUGCUUCAUGAGCUUGAAAGUUUUCACAUAGAAGAAGACAGCGAGCUGGAUGUUUUCGACAUUCCGACAUGGAAAAGUGAACGAGGUUGCAAGAUUCUUGUUAACGUGGAUAGCUUUGCUGCAGUUGGAGAUGGAGUUUCUGAUGAUACUCAGGCUUUCCAGAAAGCCUGGGGUAUCGCUUGCAAUACAACAAAUGCAGUUUUCUUGGUACCCCAAGGGCACCAGUAUCUAGUGAAUGCUACAAAAUUUCAAGGGCCAUGCGAGGAUAACCUAAUCAUCCAGAUUGAAGGAACUAUAGUAGCUCCGGAUGAGCCUAAUAACUGGGAUCCGAGAUUUCCACGAACAUGGCUUGAUUUCACUAAAUUGACCGGAGUCCUUUUCCAAGGGGAUGGCGUUAUUGACGGCUCAGGCAGUAAAUGGUGGGCCGCAUCCUGCAAAAAGAACAAGACAAAUCCUUGCAGAGGGGCACCAACAGCAUUUACUAUUGAUAAAAGCUCAGCUAUAAAGGUAAAAGGCAUCACCAUCAAGAACGCCCAACAGAUGAAUUUUGUCAUCUCUCAUUGUGACGGGGUGCGAGUUGAUGCAGUAUUAGUCUCGGCUCCAGGAGACAGUCCCAACACUGAUGGAAUCCAUAUCACAGCAUCUACUAAUGUGGUUCUCCAAGACUGCAAAAUUGGAACAGGGGAUGAUUGCGUCUCAAUUGUCAGUGGUACCUCCGGAAUUAAGAUGAAGAGAAUCUUUUGCGGACCAGGACAUGGAAUCAGCAUCGGAAGUCUUGGGAAGGGCAACUCCACUGACAUGGUCACAAAAGUGGUCUUGGAUACGGCAUACCUCAGGGAGACGACCAAUGGCCUCAGGAUUAAGACUUGGCAGGGUGGUUCUGGUUAUGUACGUGGUGUCCGUUUUCAGAAUGUAAGGAUGGAAAAUGUAUCAAACCCGAUAAUCAUAGAUCAGUUUUACUGCGAUUCCCCCAAACCUUGUCAAAAUCUGACAUCAGCGGUGGAAAUAACCCAAGUCAUGUACAUGAACAUUUCUGGAACCACAACGAGUGCGAAGGCCAUGAAAUUUGCCUGCAGUGACACAGUUCCAUGCAGCAACAUAGUCCUGACUGACGUCAACUUGGAGAGGGAGGACGGCCAAGUGGAAACAUACUGCAACUCUGCGCAAGGCUUCGGGUAUGGCAUUGUGCAUCCCUCAGCAGAUUGUCUGAAUUCCCAUGACAAAGACUCUACAAUCACCGAUCAGACCGCUGAAGCUGAGCUCGCAGAUCUCACUAGGGCGGAUAUUGUGCACACGGAGCUCUGAUUUGGCUCCCUAUAUGCACAUAACUAAAUAACUGUUUGACAGCAUACAGAACAGGGUUAAUGAGCUUGUAGAGUGCUCUCUAGCAAUGUAAAGGAAUCUUGGAGGGAGGUUUAAGGGGCAGUUGCGGAGACUAUUACUAUGUAGACGAAUUAUAGUUAUAAAACUGAUCACUGCAGAUGAUUAUUAUAAAGAAUGAUUUCCAACUACA